AUUUGUCCAAUCAGGAGGCUAGAUGGCUUCACAAGAUGGCGGCGCGCUGGGAGCGUAUCCUCUGCGUUUCUAGGAGUUUUGCUCUGCGGCUUCUUUAAGAUUCUAGGGUUGUACAGGCCCACGCCAGACACGACGUCUGGCAGGAACCUCGGCCUCAGAGAUGGCUCUGAGUAAAUCAAUGCAUGCAAGAAAUAGAUACAAGGACAAACCUCCUGACUUUGCAUAUCUGGCAUCCAAAUAUCCAGAUUUUAAGCAGCAUGUUCAGAUAAAUCUGAAUGGAAGAGUGAGCCUUAAUUUUAAAGACCCCGAAGCAGUCAGAGCUCUGACUUGUACUCUCCUAAGGGAAGAUUUUGGACUUUCUAUUGAUAUUCCAUUGGAGAGACUAAUUCCCACAGUUCCCUUGAGACUCAACUAUAUUCAUUGGGUAGAAGAUCUGAUCGGUCACCAGGAUUCUGACAAAAGUACUCUUCGAAGAGGAAUUGACAUAGGUACGGGGGCAUCCUGCAUCUACCCCUUACUCGGAGCAACCUUGAAUGGCUGGUAUUUCCUUGCAACAGAAGUGGAUGAUAUGUGUUUCAACUAUGCAAAGAAAAAUGUGGAACAGAAUAACUUAUCUGAUCUCAUAAAAGUGGUGAAAGUGCCACAGAAGACGCUCCUGAUGGACGCUCUUAAAGAAGAAUCUGAGAUCAUCUAUGACUUUUGCAUGUGCAACCCUCCCUUUUUUGCCAAUCAAUUGGAAGCCAAGGGAGUAAACUCAAGAAAUCCUCGAAGACCUCCACCUAGUUCUGUUAAUACAGGAGGCAUCACAGAGAUCAUGGCAGAAGGAGGUGAAUUAGAGUUUGUUAAAAGGAUCAUCCAUGACAGUCUACAACUUAAAAAAAGAUUAAGAUGGUAUAGCUGUAUGCUGGGAAAGAAAUGCAGCCUGGCGCCUCUGAAGGAAGAGCUUCGCAUACAAGGGGUUCCUAAAGUCACCUACACUGAAUUCUGUCAAGGUCGGACGAUGAGAUGGGCCUUAGCUUGGAGUUUUUACGAUGAUGUAACAGUACCAUCACCACCAAGUAAGCGGAGAAAAUUAGAGAAGCCAAGGAAGCCCAUUACAUUUGUGGUGCUGGCAUCCGUGAUGAAAGAGUUGUCCCUCAGAGCAUCGUCCCUGGGCUCUGAGACGGCGGAAGGCAUCGUGGCUGUCACAGCAUGGAUUGAACAAAUUCUCACGGAUUUGAAGGUCCAGCAUAAACGAGUUCCCUGUGGAAAAGAGGAAGUUAGCCUUUUCCUAACGGCCAUAGAAAACUCCUGGAUUCAUUUAAGGAGGAAGAAAAGAGAGCGAGUGAGACAGCUGAGAGAAGUUCCUCGCGCUCCCGAGGAUGUCAUUCAGGCCUUGGAAGAGAAAAAGUCCACCCCCAAAGAGUCUGGCAAUAGCCAAGAAUUGGCCAGGGGCCCCCGGGAGAGGGCCCCCUGUGGGCCUGCUCUGCGGGAAGGCGAGCCUGCCGCUGUGGAGGGCCCAUGCCCGAGCCAGGAGUCCCUGUCCCAGGAGGAAAACCCGGAGCCCACGGAGGAUGAAAGGAGUGAGGAAAAGGGAGGGGGGGAGGUUCUGGAAAGUUGUAAAGGCUCUAGCAACGGAGCCCAGGACCAAGAGGCUUCUGAGCAAUUGAGCAGCCCAGUGGCUGAAAGGGGGAAACGGCUCCCAGGAGUGGCUGGACAGUACCUGUUUAAGUGUCUGAUAAACGUUAAGAAGGAGGUGGACGAUGCCUUAGUUGAAAUGCAUUGGGUUGAGGGCCAGAACAGGGAUUUGAUGAACCAGCUUUGUACCUACAUACGGAACCAAAUUUUCAGGCUUGUUGCCAGUUAACUAGAAACUUCUUGCACAGUUGGAAAAGUGUUUAUAGUAACUUGCUUUGCAGUGGCCUGUGGGGUGGCAAGAGGAAUCCUACCAGUGGCCCAUUAGUAGCAUUAUGUGGAAUUGUCUUCAAACACAAAAACCAGUGAAUCUGUCACCCACCUCCCCCAACCGCCUUCCUGCAUUUUGAGUUACAGGGAGUUGUAGCGUGGCUCGUUUACAAGGAGGAAUUGCUGUCAUCAGUAACAACAAAAAGCCCUCAGUAAACUCUGAGGGAUUGCAAGCUGGCUCAAGCUGCCCCUCAGCUUUGGACUGCUUCUUCAAGGCCAAAAGGGUUGUUUGUGGAGUCUGGGCUGGGCAGCACUGCCUAGAAUGUCAUGCUCUGUCACCCAAGGGUGUUUCUUGAGGAGGGGUGGCGCUCUCUGCCUCCAGUUGGAGGCCCUGGUACCCGCUUCUAGGUCACUCUUCGAGAUGGGACCUACCUUGCGUCAGUCCCACGAAGGGAGCUAGCCAUGGGUGGGUGGUGGGGAAUCGGGGAGAGAAACCCUAAUAAUCCUAGAAGGAGGAGCAGAGUCUGGGGAGUACCCAGUAAAUGGCACAUUCCUGACACUUGGCUGUUUUGAUGUUUCUUAUUCAGAAGCAGAAUUAGGUAAGCAAAACCCCCGGGUGUGACUGAGGCACACAGAAGGCACCCGUACCCCCACCUCCAGCCUGUUGAAAGUACCAUUUUGUAGCAGUUUUACCACUGUAUGAUUUUUGUUUGGACAUUUGAAGUAGAGCUUGUUUUGUUUUUAAUAUAGAAUAUUCAAAAAUUAAAAACCAGUGGUCCUAUUUGAAUCCUGGGGUUAGCUGAGUGAGCGGCUGAUGACAGAAAUGAGAAAUGGAACAAAAUAGUAUAUGCCGUAGGUAGCUUAAGAAAGUCUCAGAUAUUUUGUUGCUGAUCAAAUACUGUUUUUUGUGGCUUCACUUGUAAUCCCCUCUGUACUUACCUACUCACAUUGGAGAGUUCUGAGGCUGGAGUAACCGUGUCCUUAAAACACGUUUCUAGUUGGAAUGCCAGGGUUCAGUAGCAGUGCCCCCGGAAAAGGGGUGUCCUUAAAACACGUUUCUAGUUGGAAUACCAGGGUUCGGUAGCAGCCCCCCCGGAAAAGGGGUGACCUUUUGCUGUGCUUGACUUAACAGUUCGAUGUUGCAUCAGCAGCCUAGGGUUCUCUUUAGACUAAAAUCUUCGCCAGGGCUCCUUGCCAUCUGCUAAGAAGACUGGGGCUGAGUAGUUAAGCCAGCCUUCUGAGAGGUGGCUGUUGGUUAGGACAGGAAGCUGGUGACCUUGGCAUAUCUUGGCAUCUGCUAGAUCAGGCCCUUAGCAGAGACACAGGAAGUGGAACUACUGUGCUUUCGUUUGGCUGUGGAGCUGGAGCUAGAGAAGACAGCAUACUGACCAGUGGCUUUUUGAUUGUUUUGAGAGGGAGUUUCACUCUUGUCGUCCAGGCUGGAGUGCAGUGGCGCGAUCUCAGCUCACUGCAACCUCUGCAUCCCAGGUUCAAGCGAUUAUCCUGCCUCAGCCUCCUGAGUAGCUGGAAUUAUAGGCACGUGCCGCCAUGCCCGGCUAAUUUUGUGUUUUUAGUAGAGAUGGGAUUUCACUAUGUUGGCCAGGCUAGUCUCGAACUCAUGACCUCAGGUGAUUCACCCACCUCGGCCUCCCAGAGUGCUGGGAUCACAGCCGUGAGCCACCACACCCAGCCUCUGACCAGUGUUCUUAACUUGGUCCGUGGACCUCCAGAGAGUCCAUAUGCCUCCUAGAGUUACUUCUAAAAGUUCUGUGAGCGUGUGUGUGUGUGUGUGUGUGUGUGUGUGUGUGUUUGUGUUUCCUUUUUCCUGGAGAGAGGGUUCCCAGAACCCUCAGACAUAGACAGAGGGGUCAGUAACCCACUAAGGGUUAAGAAUCAUUAUUCUAGUUCAAGCAUUCAUGUGUCAGGCUGCAAAAUCCAAUACCCAGGGUCACACAGAGCCAAGAUUCAAUUCAGGACCGUGGAUUCCCCUGGUCUAGUAAUUUUCUGCUGUGCUAGCCCACAGCAUCCCACUAUCCUUACCUCGAGUGAAUAUCACAUUUGAAUCCUUUGCUGGACCCAAACCUAGUUUCCUUGGUAUAAUUUUAGGAUAAUUGGUUAAGUAGCAACUAUUCACUCAGUAAGUAGUAAGAACUUAUUGUUUGCUUGUUUCAUUAUAAAAGAGUGGCACAUGCUCAUCAAAGAUUUGGAGAAAUGAAAGUCAAAACAACAAAAUCACCGCUAGUCCCAACCUUCUGUAACAUAACCACUAUUGGUAUUGGCGUGUUUCUUUCCAGUCUCUCUAUAGAUGGGGUGUGUGAGUGUGUGGGUUUAACUUUGGUUGUGCUCAUGCUGCAUAUUCAGUUUUAUAUUCUGGUCUUUUUUUCAUUUAACAUCUUACGAGUAUUUUUCCAUGUUACAACAGGAGUGUAUUGACUUAUACUCCUUGCCUGUUCAAAACGUCUUUCAGGCACGGCACUGGCCUUUAAGUCUGUCUUAGGGAUUUCCAGAGAAUGCUCCGUGUACUGAAGCACAGACGGUGUUUCUGUGUCUCAGUGUGUUUCUGUCCCUAGGUUUAAGGCUUCAUGUCAUGGAGGAGAUUUUAUAGAUGUUAAGCUAAUGAUCUUAGAGUUUUAAAAAAUCUGUGACAGUGGCCCACGCCUGUAAUCCCAGCACUGUGAGGCUGAGGUGAGCGCAUCGCAUGAGGUCAGGAGUUCGAGACCAGCCUGGCCAACAUGGCAAAUCCCCACCUCUACUCAAAAUACAAAAAUUAGCCAGGCGUGAUAGCACGCACCUGUAAUCCUAGCUACUCGGUAGGCUGAGGCAGGAGAAUCGUUUGAACCUGGGAGCUGGAGGUUGCAGUGAGCCGAGAUCAUGCCACUGCACUCCAGCCUGGGCGACAGAGUGAGACUCUGUCUCAAAAAAAAAAAGAACCUGAGUGAGACGGUCUCAAAAAAAAAAAUCCAUGAGCAGGCCGGCUUUCACAGUCUGGAGCUGAGUGCCUUCUGUGCAUUUGGAUGUCUCCAUUUCCUUCCCGGAGAAGAUUUUCUUAGACUACCUAGUGAGAGAACAUUGAACAUAUUUUUGAAAGGACACCUAAACAUUGUUUUGGUCGUGCAUGUGCUUUAUAAUUGUGGGUUGCGUCAUUGCAUAUACCUCUGGUACAGGUGGCAAAGGUUUUCUUUGAAGAAAUAGGUUAUUGACUCAUACGUCAUCAUCUUGAGUGUUACUCUCCUUACAUGUCCGGAGGUCACAUUCAUGUUGUUGGGUUGGCAUGAAAUUAAAUCUCUGUGGUGUGACCCUAAAUUCUCUUCUGGUCCCUAGAAUCGGCUUCUGGUCUCUUGAUAACGGAAGUGGAGACAGAAGCUGACAGAAGCUGAGCCUGUUUUCCAGGCAAACUAAAGCUGCUUUUGUUCUUCGGAAUCUGCUUUGCCUCCGUCAGCUUGGUUCCUUCCCCACACAUCCUGGCCGCACAGUCCCCACUCCAGACCUCUGCUGCGUGUCCUGGCAGGGCCGCGGCUCUGCAGUGGCCUUUCAACUCAUCCGAAGCUUCGUGUAGAUUAGUAUAUAGUUUUUAUAAAACAUAAAGCCCUUCCUCUCGAUGGCAGUCGAAGCUUACCAUGUGAGCACUCGAACUUCUAAGUUCUGACAGGAAUAACAAAACUGCAAGGAGUGGAAAAGACGGAAAAGCCUGUGGGGAAUCCAAGGCCUUUUGAAAGAAGGGAGCCGAUGACUUCAUGACCAGCUCCCCGAGCCCCUCCUUUCUGCUGCAGCCGCGGCAUUUCCCUCCGUGGCCACACGAGGGCACCCUUGGCCCUUUUAUCAAACGCCUUCACUUCCCCGUGGGAAUGGAGACAAUUGUGUCCAUGGUGUUUUCUUGAAACACCCAGUUGCUACCCAGAUUUGUAUUUUUCUGUAAACAGAUACAUUUUCACAGAAAUAAAAUUUGAAAAAUAAAAGUAGAAAGAGGCAAAAAACACUAGCCAUGGUCUCUUUACCUGGUAUAAUCCCUUUUGACCCUUUAAUGUUUUUUUCAUGGUCCCAGCUGACUAUUUUUUCUAUUCUUUCCGGCUGUCCUUCUACUCUAGAAUAUAUCCAGGUUGGGCCAGUCCUUUGGAUCAAGUUUUUCUUGAUAUCUAGUUAAGAUACUAGAGGGGAAAGGCUGAGCGAUCUUAAAACAGUAACUUUCCAAAAGCCUUAUAUUCCAGGAGGUGUCAUACCAGGAUCUCCAAGAAAGCAGCUGGGUUCAGUGUUCUUUUGUUGACCCUUGUUUGGGGUUUCUCUGGUUGGCUGGCUGACAUGCAUGUCGUGUGUUGCUUAUAUGAGAAGGUGAGGGUUCUGUGUGGUGUAGAUGCUGUCAGUCAGCCAGGCCUUGCUUCUCACAAGGGGCGUUUCUGGGUAGAACGUGGAUCUUACUCACCCUGGGGUCUGUGUGGGCUCAAGGAGGAUCCCAUCUCCCCUUAUGUGUCUGAUACAGGAUCAGAUGUGGCCGCCCAGCAGCUGUGCACGUUGGGAGGAGGAGGGUCCAGGUGGGAAAAGUCAAGAGCCCUCUGGAAGAAGGAGCAUUUCAAAGGUGCAGCAGUUUUAUGGCGAUAGAGGGGUCCCCUCAGGAAAGGGUCACGGCCACAUGGUUUUUAGGGAAUUUGGUGCACAGGAGACUUGGUUUGCUGGAUGGGCGCUAACCUCGGUGAAACCCAGAAGAGGCUGAACAGAAGGAAUUGGCUUCUGCCUCCGGCGGGCAGCGCUGAUGGUGUUGAACCUUCCUAGUAAUCCCGAGUACACAGCUCGCGGUGUGAGUGCCAGCACAGUAUGAGAGGCCUGUGCGGCGCCCGCCCCACUGACGACGGGCGUCACGCGUGCCCGGCGUGCCUGCUCUGCUCUGUGACAUUCACAUUCACAGCGGCUGAUGUUUUAAAUUGCUGGUUGGAGCAGCUCAUGCUGCCUGGCGGAGGCUGUGCUUUGUGCUCCAGGGACUACGUUGUGACUACGGAACGCCCUUGCCCCUCGAGGGGCCCUUGGAGGUGUGGCCUGUCUGCCGCUCUCAAUCCAAGCAGAAGCUUGGGGUUCCUGAGGGAAGAGGAAGGCUGUGGGUGCCUCCCUCACUGGGGACCUGAGAGGAGAAGGGCUAGAGGAAAAGUACAGUCGGACUUGGCAGAACUGGUUCACAAACGAUGCUCUGCGAGGGCCGGCAGGUGUGGCCCAAGCCUCUUUUCCACCCGCCCCAGGGGAGCGAGACACAGGAAAGAGCACAGGCUUCCCCGUUCAGACCUGGGUUCCCGCCAGUUCCAUUCCUUGCACGGGGUAAGUCUGUUUCCUACGCCUCGUCUUCCUCAUGCCAAAGAUGAGGACGCUCGCUUCAGAGUCAGAGCUGCGCUUAACUGCGAGGACUGAGACCCCGGAAGACGCUGGAAACACUGGCUCCUCUUCUGAUUCUUUGAAUUUUCCGUUUCCAUUCAGAAAACCUUCCGUCAGUGGACUCAGAUGAAAAGGCUGAGACCUCACAUGUACGCCUGAGGUGUGAAGUACCACCCUGACAAGGAGCAAAACCCAUCCUUCGUGGGAUGCAGGGAGGACGGGGGGCCGGUGUUGAUGGUCCACCUUCCACCCAUACUGCCUCAUUGAGUAACCCCGUCAGCCUGUGUGAUGUUCCUGCGUGGUGGUGGCUGAAGGAAAGGGAAGCUCAGAGAGUGUCCGUGACCUGCCGUAAGGUUAUCCACAGAGCUCGGUCAUAGAAAUGGGAUUCGAACUCAGGUUCAAGAAGCCAAGACUGGGCUCUUGUGCCAGAACUCAGAAGUCUAUGGCUGCUCUUCGUGUGGAAGACACACUUCCAGGCUCGUCUGACCCACCUCUAGGGACGGCGACUGCAGUGAUAGGACACAGGGAAGGAAAAAAACAUCUUUCACCUUCACAGUUUAGCACUUUAAGGUAAUAUUAUCUUCCAGCCUAUGAUCAGUGAGUGACAUGUAGUCAGCGGAAUUACUUAGAAUUCUUCAUUUAUGCUACCAGAUCUUCACGGAACUUUGUAUUUGGCAGCAGUGCAGAUAAUGAAGUAGUUAGUGAAAGCGCAAAAUAAAACGUCUAGUCAAAGUACAUGUUGGACCAGCAUCAACAGGAAAGAACUGAUUAUUAGGUAAAUUAUUCUUUGGCAAUACAUAAUUGUAUAAUGAAA